AUGCGGCUGUCGAUUGCCUCUGCUGGCUUCGUAUCGGCCAUUCUCCUAUGCCUCCCCGGCUUGACCGCUGCUGUUCCGCGUGGACAGUGGCAGAAAGGCAGAGGCCGCCGCAUGGAGGCUCGCGACUCGCCUCCUUCAUACUAUGACGACCCAGGCACCACCUAUGGCCCUCCGCCCCCUUACUAUGGCGAUCCGGGCAAUACCUAUGGAAGUCCGCCUCCUUAUGACUUUGGAACCUCUUCUCUGGCUACCCUCUCUUCGUCGGCAACCUCCGGUACUCUCGGCCGGUCGUCGUACGAGAGCUUCGAUCCUACUACGACGUGGCGGACGCUGACCAGUCCGGUGUAUUCCUCCUCGCCGAGCUCUGUCUACUUUGGAACAAGCACGUCUGUCGGCGAGGGCUCGUCGAGCACGGAGCCCGGCUCGACCAGCCAUUCGUCUGUUGACGAGUCUGGUCUUCCAGUCACUAUGCCGACGUCUACGACCACGGGAACAGACACCGUCCCUAGUCCCUCUACGUUCACACAAAGUGUGCAAUCGUCACAGGCCAGCACGUACCGCACAUCAACGUCGCAGCAUCUUACAUCGUGGCCUAUUACUGCAACAUCUCGUGACUCGCAGGUCUCGUCAAGUUCAUCCUCAAACGUUGACAGUUCCUCGGAACAGCAAACAUCAACCUCGGUGACUGAUCCCACAGCACACACGACGGGCCCCAUCUCGGUGACCCGGUCCCAGCCGACCGGGACUGGCACCCAGACGAGCACCUUCUUCUUUACCUCCUACCCAGGCUCUGGCGGCUCGUUGCGGCCAUCGUUGACGCAUGAUAGCUCCAUGGUCAUUAAUGGCACCGGGGUCUCAUCGGUCUCAUCCAGCACCACUCAUUCUGGGCACUGGCCAUCGACGAGCAGUACCCGGACGUCUCUGUCCGUCACGCCGACGCACCUGUCCAGCUCAAGCAUUUCCCCAAGUGACUCGUCCCGACCUGAAACCGAAAUUCUGACGUCGACACAAGCCUCAGAUAUCGGCAAGCCAACACGAAGCGGGUUGCCGACUUUGUCUACUGUGACAACCGAGACCCUGAGCGUGACGCAGACAGGUCUCCCAAUUUCCCCUUCCUCAGGCUGGGCCAGCUUCACCAACUCGACGGACGCUGGGGCUACCACGGAGACGAGUGCUUUGUCUCAGAGCUUCCCUUCAGCUGGGAGCAGUGUCUACUCGUGGGUUACGAGAUCUGGUGUCCCGACUGGUGCGACCACUGCGUCCUCCAACACGUCAGUGACGUCGUCAACGCCGGGCCCCGGCACGCGUACCUUGCCAUCUACAAGCCAGCAGGCCACGUACAGGACGGAAACGGGCAUCACGACCAGGUGGAGCAACUCGACUACUUCGGGGGGGUCUGCCACUGCCACGUCCUACCCUGGUUCAAUGCCGUCAGCCAGCUACUCCUUUGCAACACUACCACAAGCAUCGACGACUGUGCAUUCCUUGACUUCAUCAUCCUCUUCUUCGGGUAUUCCUCAUUCAACCACCAACACAUCCUUUACCUCGCACCCAGGCUGGAACUCGUCCUAUACCUAUUCCCCGACAACCUCUUUGGCCACGAAGCAAUCUGUGUCCGGAGUGUUUAACUCGUCAGCGGUCACGGGAUCGCGUUCAACGCGCACCUGGCCUUCCUCUCCGCCGUUUCCUACUUCGUCAAACGCGACCACUUCUACACCUGCACAGCGGAGCUCCCUGUGGAUGAGUACCAGUGCGCGAGCAAGUUACAGCUUUAGUCCUUCGGGAACCGUCAGCUCCACGACUCGACCCCGGAGCGGCGUCUCCAGCGUACCCAUCAGCACCCCUCCCUAUGGCAAUUCGACCUCGCAAUACUCUCAGACGCGGCCACCUAAGUCCAGCAAUUUGGGUACCAUUGGAACCGGCACAGGCUCUACUCCGUUGAGCGCCCCGAGUCGAAGCUCCUCUUAUGCCAACUCAACGGCAACUGCAUCGAGUGUAAACUCGACGCACUCCUUUACGUAUGCGUCGCCGCUCUCGCCAACAAUCUCGCGCAGUUACACGUGGGCGGGCAGUACGUUCACCUCGAGAAGCGGCACCGCCGGCAGCUCGACACUUUCGCCGACGGAAUCGCCUCCGACCUGGCCGAAUACGACGACACGGACAGGCACCGGUCCCAGACACAGCUCGUCGGCCCUGUCGGCGAGCUACUCUCCGCCUUACCCCACAUCAAAUUACACCGAGCCUGGCACGUUGACCGGCAGCGCUUCGUACACACUGCCGUCGACAAGCCUCGAGGUGGUGACGGUCGUGCCGACAACGUGGACGACGGUCAGCAAGAUCACGCAGGGAACCUCGACGGGCGUCGUGACUUUGACCAGAGUCGCGACGCUUACACGAACCUAUGUAAGCCCCGUGGGAACAGGUACGCACACCACCAGGUCCGGCACCGAGACGGACGAGCCAACCGUAGGAUCCACGAGCAUCUCCUGGCGCACAACUUCCUCGGAGAGCACGGCCACCUGGCAGCCGAUCAGCAGCACUCCAACGGUGCCUGCAACAGGCUCCGAAUCAUACAGCCUGACUCAAAUGACUCUCACAAAGGUCACGCUGACGCCGCGUCUGAGCUCCAAGACCAUCAGGUUCACGGUUUCGAACUGGACAAGCAGUUGGAAGAGCUCCUGGGUCGGCUCCGAGACAGAGUCAUACCCAACCACGGUCCCGACUGUUUGGCCGUCAAGCAGUUCCCUGGGCUACACGACAACGGAUGGCGCUAUAUCGUCGGCGACCGGCUCGUCUACGGGCAUCAACGGGACGCGGACGAGCGUGGAUACGACUUGCACGCACGGUGGGACUUAUGCGAGCCCGCGGCCGGCGAGUAGUUGGACAUCGUCGUGCACCACAGUACUGGACGACCUAACGAUGGUGCUGCCCUGCGACGGGGAUCCGACGGCGACGAUUGCAUCCAUGUCGUGCCAGCCGUCGGAUUGCGCAACGGCGACCUCGACGGAUAGUUAUGAGACAUCUAUGAGUCUGGCAAGCGCUCCUGGUGGGACAGAGACGCAAGCCACCCCGACAACGUUCAGGACGUCGGUGACGACUCGGAUGGGUGGGGGCUCGCAGGUGCCGAGCAGCGAGGCGUCGACAGACCUCAUGCCGGCGACGAGCCUUCCCAAUAACCCCAACUACCCAUGGGGCGGUGACUCGCCGAUCCACAGGCACCAGAACGUGACGGAGCUCAACAAUGGCAUGGCGCGGGUGGGCGUGGACGCGCGCACGUACGCAUGGCCGAGGUGGACCGAGGUGGUGAACAGGCUGCGGACGCUGUGGUCGUGA